AUGAAAGGAACGGUGGCCGAAGUUGCAAUCUUCGCCGAUACAAAUCUCGGCACUCGCAUUGCUUUCAAUUCCCCUUUUCACGUUACAGCCGGAACACUCAAAAGAGAUUUUGAGAAAGUGCACUUCACUUGUUUACCGGACAUAGGAGAGAUUCAAGUUCAUGGAUUAAUGGUGAGGCGUAAAUCGUGCUUCUACUACUUGCCUGAUUCCUUUCCUGUAAAGAAUGUUUUCCCAACGAUGAGAGAAACAUGGUUUCUUCAUGUGGAAGUAAGGCCUGUAUCAUGUUUGCGAGUUCCAUGUUUACCCUGUGAUGCGGCUACUGCUUUAAAACAACGGAACUUAAUGACAUAUAACUGUAAAACUAAAACAAGAUGCAACAUUGAAGAAAAGAGAGAGGAAGAACUUAACCCCUGCGCAUAUCCAUCAAAAGAGAAUGAAGUUAUUGAUCACGUUUUGAAGGAAAAGGGAAAUUCUCAUGAAAAUUCCGAGCAUGGAAUGCAAGAAAGAGACUCCUGCAGAUUUGGAGACAAACCUACUAGCACAGCCAGUGCGAUGCCAGAGACUAAUGUUGAAUUUCAGGUUGAAUUGUGUGCUAGCUCAGUGCAAGAAACCCCGAGUAAGAUGUCGACACAAGUAAUAUCAGUCUCUGGUAUAAUUAAUAAAUAUUUUUCAGGUUUCAACGGCAUUAACAAAUUUAGCAGCUCUUCAAACUCUGAUGUUACAUCUCGAGUUGUUCAUAGUGAGAUUGAAGUUCAAUCAAACACAGGAGGAGCACACAGUUGCUCAAAGAAACAAGUUGAUUCAUUAUCACAGUUCAGUCCCAAAACACCUCCACACGUUCCAUUGCACGUUGAGUUUGUUUCCAAAAAUUCAGGUAGCAAAACUAGGAAACCCAAAGUUGAGAAAUGUAGCAGAAAAAGAAGAUCCAAAGUUGAGAAAUGUAGCAAAAACAGAAGAUCUAAAGUGGGGAAGUUUCUUCUAUCAGCUUCAAAGAGUCUUGGGGCUUCUAACAAUAAGCAGAGUCCCGCACUCUCUUUAUGUAAAUUCAAAAAUAUAAAGCUACUAGAGGAAAUAUCCCAAAUUAAUCAUUCAAUAUUUUCCAUAUGUGAUAGUGAUGAUUGA